AUGGGUUGUACGGUGAGCGCCGAGGAUAAGGCUGCCGCGGAGAGGUCAAAGAUGAUUGACAAAAACCUCCGAGAGGACGGAGAGAAGGCAGCCAGAGAAGUGAAACUGCUUUUAUUAGGUGCUGGGGAGUCUGGGAAGAGCACCAUUGUAAAGCAGAUGAAGAUCAUCCAUGAAGAUGGCUACUCAGAAGAUGAGUGUAAGCAGUACCGAGCAGUGGUUUAUAGUAACACCAUCCAGUCUAUUAUGGCAAUUGUUAAAGCCAUGGCCAGUCUCAAGGUAGACUACAGCAACCCUUCCAGAGUGGAUGAUGCCCAGCAGCUCUUUGCCCUGUCUGCAGCUGCUGAAGAACAGGGCAUCCUUCCCGAUGACCUGGCCAACGUGAUUCGGCGAUUGUGGGGUGACAGCGGGAUACAGAAUUGCUUUGCGCGGUCACGAGAGUACCAACUCAACGACUCUGCAGCAUAUUACCUGAAUGAAAUGGAGAGGAUAGGUAAAGCAGAUUACAUCCCCUCCCAGCAGGAUGUGCUGCGAACUCGGGUCAAGACCACUGGCAUUGUAGAGACUCACUUCACUUUCAAGGAAUUGCACUUCAAAAUGUUUGAUGUGGGAGGCCAACGCUCAGAGAGAAAGAAGUGGAUCCACUGUUUUGAAGGAGUCACAGCCAUUAUUUUUUGUGUUGCACUGAGUGCUUAUGACCUGGUGCUGGCUGAGGAUGAGGAGAUGAAUCGAAUGCACGAGAGCAUGAAGCUAUUUGACUCCAUCUGCAACAACAAGUGGUUCACCGAGACCUCCAUCAUCCUCUUCCUCAACAAGAAGGACCUCUUUGAGGAGAAGAUUACUCGCAGCCCCCUCACCAUCUGCUUCCCAGAAUACACAGGGGCCAACAAGUUUGAUGAAGCAGCCAGUUACAUUCAGACCAAGUUUGAGGACCUGAACAAGAAAAGGGACACAAAGGAGAUCUACACCCACUUCACCUGUGCCACUGACACCAAGAACGUGCAGUUUGUCUUUGACGCCGUCACCGACGUCAUUAUUAAGAAUAACCUGAAAGACUGUGGUCUUUUCUAAAGGAUAAUACCCGAUGUGCACAGACUGCAUGAGAGACUGCAACAGCCAUGUGACGAUUACUGCUUUUCAUAAUGAAAACCAUAACAGACUUGAUUCAUAGAGGAGAAACCUUCAAUAACUCCAACAAUCACUGAUUUGCAACGAUCACAUUCUCUGUCAAUUUUGUCAUUUUUAAUUUUUGAUAUAUUUCUUACUGCUCUCGCUCAGAGGUGCUCAUACUAUUCACAGUGAGCUCCUGUAAACAGAUAUUUGACCAAGGACACCCCUUAUUGGAUGAGAGUCACUAAAAAUCAAGGGCACUGUCUUGAGAAGUGCUGUUUUAAAAUUAGAUAUAUAACAAAGUGUAUUAAUCGACUGGCUUAAGUGGAAAAUAAUUGUUGAAAAUUGUUGUAAAGCUUAUCAUAAAAAUGACCCUUAUCUCAUUAUCACAUGGCAAAUGAAAAAAAAUAAUUUAAAGGAUCCUUAAUAGGCCUUCAAGAACCAGUUUGAGAACCACUUGUUUAAAUGGUAGUUGUUUGAGUUGAUGAGUCUUGUUAUGUAUUCAGAUCUCUUUUUGAGUAUUUUAAGUUUUCAUUUUACUUUCCCUUUUUGCAUUUGAAGUUUAAGUUUAAUAAGAGAAUACAGAAUACAUACAGAAACAACUUUUUAUAAAAAUCACAUUAACUUAUGUUAACUAAUGUUGGCAUUUUAUGAACCUUUUGACUGCACAGAGCUUAUUUUUAGAAGAAAACAAACAAGCAUGGAGAAUGAAAAAAUGGAUGAAGGGGAAAUGUUUUUCGUACAAUGUUUACACAGAAUCAAUAUUCACAGUUGUAUUAGUGUGUUGUUCUGCAUGACUGUCUAUUGAUUAGCUUGUAUCUGCCACAGACUGAAUAACAUUCCUUAAGUAACUUCUUUAAAGAAACAAAACAGAAACGGUUAAAUGUCACUUUUAAGAUUCCUGCAAGAUUUUUAAGUAGUUAUGUCUGUUCAUAACAUGGAUUGUUCUGUGCUAUUUGUUUCAUUACAUUUUUUUUUUAUAUAUGUUUGUGCCUUGACAUCUGUUUGCACUUGUUCUUUAGAGACAUGCCAUAUUCAUUGUGUGAAUUAGGGCUAUUUCUACUUUCACUUCAGUUCACAUAACCCAUCAUUUAAGAUGCACCACAACACAGAGACAAAUGGAUGAUAUUCGUUCAUAAUAUUAAGAUAAAAGUCAUUCACUUGUUAAAUGUAAAUAAAAGUUUGGUGACAUGAUAUUUUAUUCUGCAUUGUGAUGUGUCAAAAGAAAAUGCCCAAAAAGGAUAUAAUUCGGUUUCUCCAUGUUUGACCAGGGCUGGUAUUUAUCAGGCUUCUCAAAGUGCUAUUUUAGUCUUAAGUGCUGAGAAUCCAUGAAACUUACUCCUACUUUUAAACUUAGGAAUAAAAGCGAGUUAUCAAAUUUCUUAAAGCUAAGAAUCACUCUUACUCUCCCAGUUAUUUAAGACAGCUCGAGAGGUCUCUCGCGUGGUUAGGAGUUGCCAGUAGGUCUUGUGAUGGCACUGUGAACUGAAUUAUUUGAUGACGCGCAGUUAAUAAGAUGGGGUCGGACAGCGCAGGCAUCAGCGAGUUGGUGAGGGACGCCAUCUCACCACUGACCUUACGCACUAAUGCCUUUUCAGCCAAACUGAAGGUGAUGAUGAAGCUUUUGUUUAUUUGCCACAGAACAAACGCAGCAAUGCUGAUGAUUUUGGCCCGUCACAACCAUCAAUAAGCCGAAUAGUCAUGGAAACAAUUAUGGCACUUCAGCUUCAGAGCUCCACACAUUUAAAGUUUAAUCGACUUCCCAACAACACCCCCGUAAUCCGACAGAAGCAAACACAACUCAUGCAAAUAACUUCACAGGAGUAGUAGGCGCAAUUUAUGGCGCUCAUAUGAAGAUAAACUUUUUUUAAAAUCUUUCAUUUAUUAAAGUGUAGGCCCAUAUCAUAAUGUAUUAUCUUGAAAAAUGUGUAUUGAAUAUAAACUCCUCUUAGGAAUUUCACCAUUCAACGUGAAUUUAUCUGAGAAUAUUCUUAAAUAAGGAAAUCUAUCAUGUCAUUGGUCCUUGGCUACAUCGUCAAUCAAAAUCUAAGUGUCGUGAAUCAGCACUAAAACUGACACUUAGAUGGUUAAUAGAUGGUUUAGUCCUACACUUCACUCAAAUUAGGACUAUGAUGCUUGAUAACUAACUUUUAAGCACAGCUUUGAGCCAAGAAUUAUUUUACUCUUAAGUCAGUACUUAGCACUGUUCUUAUGAGUAAUUAUGAGAAGCUUGAUAAAUACAGGCCCAGAAGUCUACUCAAAGUAAACUACUUUUUUUUUGUCAAACAUAGACUUAAAGACCAUGAACCAGAGCACAGUUAUGGAAUAUUGCGUAAGAGAGGUUUUGCACCUGCAUUGCACUGUAAAACAGAGUGGGUACAAAUUGUGAUUUGUGUUUAAUUCCUCUCACCUGUCACUGAAAAACGUCAGAGGUCUGCUGUUUGAAAGGUGACAUUGGUGAAAACUAACUUUGUACAUAUACAAGUACUGUAUUUAAGUAUAAUUAUUGGGUGUUUUAUGCAAGGCAUUUCCUUUAUGUGGUGCUAAUUAGCAGUAUGGCGAGUGGAUAUAGCAGAGUUUCAGGAGCGGGACCACACAUCAAACACGUCAUCGCCAACAUUUCCAUAAAUACCCACACGUCCUAACUCCUACCCUUCGCUGUCGUAUCUUGCAUCCCUCACCCCUACGCCUUUCUCUGUCCUGCCUCCUGAUCUUCUUCCUCUCCAUAGGGUUAUAAGGGGGUCGGUCGUGCCAGGGUGCUACGGCGGAUUUCCCUAUCGUAGCUUCCCCACAACGCUUUCGAAUGUCUCUUCGGCAACCGCAAGCCUCAUACAUCUUCUGUUCGAUCAUCAAUAAAUCAUUUAAUCAUA